AUGGCACCUACUCGCGAAGACAUUGAGUUCAAGACCCUUGCCGGCAUCACCUUGCGUGGAUGGCUGUACCCAGCCGAAAAACGUGGACCAGGAAUCAUCCUUUCUGCAGGGUUCAAUAUGCCUAAGGAUGUAGUCGUACCAGAUAUUGCCGAAUGGUAUCACAAGCGAGGUUUCACUGCACUCAUCUUUGACACAUAUGGCAUCGGUGCGAGUGAUGGUCUACCCAGACAUGACAGUGAUAUGCUGAGGCGCAUUGACGACUUCACCGACUCAGUGACGUGGCUCUCCCAGCAUCCCCUUAUAGAUCCGGAGAAAAUCGCAGUUUGGGGUCUCUGUUUUGACGGCAACAUUAUGCUUGCCACCGCGGCAUACGACCGUCGGAUUGCUGCCGUAGUAACGGUUGCCCCGAUGAUCGAUGUUACUGGUGACCCCGAACGCCGCGAAGCCAUUUUCGAACUUGGACUGGCAGACCGCGCUGCCCAACUUGCUGGGGAGGAUCCCAUGUACCUACCUCUGGUUGAUGAAGACGGCAUGACGCCACUUGGUCAAUUCUUAGGCAAUUUCUUCACAACAAUGGAUAGCAUGAAAAUGCCCAUUGAGAACCGUGUCACGGUCCAUACCUAUAUGCGAUGCCUCAACUGGAACAUUCUACACCUACUGCCAAAGAUCAGCCCGACCCCAGUGAUCAUGGUGACGCCUGAGCUCGACCAAGUAUUCCCGGCAAGCAGGCAGAAGGAAGCAUUUGACUUGUUGAAUGAGCCGAAGGAACAUUGUCUUCUGGUUGGAAAGCAUCACUUUGACUGGAUGUUUGGAGAUAUGGACAAUGCGUUCAGUCCGCAAUAUGAGUUCUUGAAGAAGCAUCUGAGGCUUUAG